UGUGUGUGUGUGUGUGUGUGUGUGUGUGUGUGUGUGUGUGUGAGAGAGAGAGAGAGAGAGAGAGAGAGAGAGAGAGAGAGAGUGUGUGUGUGAGAGAGAGAGAGAGAGAGAGAGAGAGAGAGAGAGAGAGAGAGAGAGAGAGAGAGUGUGUGUGAGAGAGAGAGAGAGAGUGUGUGUGUGUGUGUGAGAGAGAGAGAGAGAGAGAGAGAGAGAGAGAGAGUGUGUGUGUGUGUGUGAGAGAGAGAGAGAGAGAGAGAGAGAGAGAGAGAGAGAGAGAGAGAGAGAGAGAGAGAGAGAGAGCUUUCCCAGGGACAAAUCCACAGCACACAAAUCCAAAGUCUCUGUAAGAAACUAAAUUUAAAGCCACCAGCAUGCAGAGCAGCAGCCAGUGCUUUCACAUAUCCAAUAAAAUGUCUCAUAUUAAAAGAGCUCCAUACUUUGUUGAGAAAAAAAAUGAUAACACAGAAGAGGAGGAGGAUCCCGAAGAAUAUUGCAAUGGAGGCUACCACCCUGUACUUGUGGGCGAUGUUUUUAACAAGAGGUAUAAGGUUCUGUCCAAGCUGGGUUGGGGCUACUUCGCUACUGUGUGGCUCUGUGUGGACCUCAGGUCUGGAAGAUAUGUAGCAGUGAAGAUCCUAAAAAGUGGAUUUGGCUUCUCACAGGCUGGCCAAGACGAGUUAUCACUACUGCGCUGUGCCAGCAGUCCCACAGUCUGCCACCCACUGAGAGGACGCAUUGUGCAGUUGCUGGAUGAGUUCAAAAUAGCUGGUGUUAAUGGCAUCCAUGUGUGUCUGGUGCUGGAGUUGCUGGGUCCAGAUCUGCGCUGUUGGCAGGAGUGUUUUGGCAAACCUGGCCUCUCACUUGCAUGUGUCAGAAGAAUAAUCACUCAGGUGCUUGAGGGUCUUGACUAUCUGCACACACACUGUAAGAUCAUCCAUGCAGAUAUUAAGCCUGAGAAUAUUCUGCUUUGUCUUGGGCAGCAGCCUCUGGCACAUGAAACACACAUAAAUCCUGAGAACAUUUCAGUGAAAAUCACAGACCUGAGCAGCUCCUGCUGGGUGUACAAACACUUCUGUGAGGAAAUCCAGACCCAGCAGUAUCGUUCUCUAGAAGUUCUGCUAGGUUCUGAAUACGGGCCUCCUGCUGAUAUCUGGAGUGUAGCCUGCAUGGCUUUUGAACUUGCCACUGGUGACCCUUUAUUUGAGCCCAAAACUGGAAGGAAUUUCUCUUUGGAAGAAGACCAUCUCGCACAUAUCAUUGAGCUCCUGGGAACAAUCCCUGCAUCAGUGGCUCUGUCUGGAAAAUAUUUUUCAAAGUACUUCAGCAGCAGUGGCAACCUGCAAAGAAUUCCUACCCUUCGCCCAUGGGGGUUGUUUGAAGUCCUGAUAGAGAAAUAUCACUUCCUUCUUCAAGAGGCAACUCUCUUCUCUGACCUUCUGCUUCGAAUGCUGGACUUCCUGCCAGAGCGGAGGAUGACAGCAGCUCAGUGCCUCAAACACCCAUGGCUUAAAUUGUGACCUUACAUUUUGACCUUCUCUUAAGAUGCUUGAGCUUUUAGAUGUUGUGUGGAUACAUUUUCACACUGCAAGGUUUGGUGUUUAAAAUUCCUUCACUUACAAUCUUCAUAUAAUGACUAUUUAGACAGUGAAGUUUUUGUAUUCUGGUGCAGGGAACAAGGACAAUUAAAAUAAAUGACAGAAUGUCUGCUCAAUUAUGAGGACUAUAGGAAACUUUUUAUGCACAGUCAAGAAUAAACAACCAUAUAUAAAGGUUUUAGUUUUAAUAAGAUGCUGCACAUGUUUUGCAAUCAAUGACUGUCUGCUAAUUUUAAUAAAGUGAAAAAAUGAAUUUCAAUAAAGUCAUGCUAAAAAACAAACAAAACAAAAAUACUAUCAUGAAGCUCAUAUUGUCACAACACAGCAAUACACAAGCUCCACAUCACAAUCCACAAACUUCAAAUCACAAUCCACAGACUCCAUUUCACAGCAUUCAUCCACUACAUGGCCACCAUGGACAAAAAUACAACAUUAUGUUGCACUAUUAUAAACUGUUAUAGAAAUGACAUUAUUUCCAUUUACAUUAUUUACUGUCCAGUGUCACCCAAAUGAAGAUGGGUUCCCUUCAGUGUCUGGUUCUUCUCAAGGUUUCUUCCUCAUAUCAUCUCAGGUCGUUUUUCCGUGCCGCCAUUGCCUCUGGCUUGCUCAUUAGGGAUAGGGAAAUAUAUAUAGUACUUUAAUUUUUAAAUGAAUAUGUAUUCAUUUUUUUUAUCUUAUUUUUAUUCUUAUUAUUAUAUUUAUUUCUUUUUUUCUCUUCUGUUUCUAUACUUCUGUAAAGCUGCUUUGAGAAUGUGAAUUGUUAAAAGCGCUAUACAAAUAAAUAAAUUGACUACA